CACUCAUCCAAUUCCAAAUCACCUUCUCUUAUCUUCAUUACCGUCCGUCGGGCUCUCUGGAGCUAGCGAGUCUCUUCCUCUUCUCAUCGUCUGGCCGUCGCAAGUAAAAAAAUGUCGGCCUCCGUACAUCUCACUACACAUAACCUCGACGCCUUGAAAUUCAACACGGCGACGACCCGCCGGAAUUCCCAGCGAGUCCGAAUUGGCGCAGUCCGGUGCUCCGUCUCAACAGCUGAGACGGAAGAUUCAUCCAGAAGAACGGCCGAGGCGGAGGCCCGACGAGUGACGCUGAAGAACGGCGGCGAUUCGCUGGAUAUAAGCCGAGUCCUUAACGGCAUGUGGCAGACGAGCGGAGGAUGGGGAGCAAUCGACCGAAACGGCGCCGUUGAAGCCAUGCUCCGGUACGCCGACGCCGGGCUUUCCACUUUCGACAUGGCCGACCACUCUAGAAGCUGCAGUUGGAGGCCAAUGAUACAAUGUGUGUCAAGUAAACAAGAGGGGAGAACUGUGGUGAAGAAUGGAAAGGAUUCAUUGGAUAUUUGCCGGAUAGUGAAUGGGAUGUGGCAGACUAGUGGCGGGUGGGGCAAGAUCGAACGUGACAAUGCAGUUGAUGCCAUGAUCAAACAUGUUGAUUCUGGGCUCAAUACGUUUGACAUGGCCGAUAUAUAUGGUCCUGCUGAGGAUCUGUAUGGUAUGUUUAUCAACAGAGUUCGCAGAGAGCGUCCGCCAGAGUUGUUGGAGCAAAUUCGAGGGCUUACUAAGUGGGUGCCUCCACCUGUUAAGAUGACCAGCAAUUACGUGAGGGAGAACAUCAACCUUUCCCGCAAACGAAUGGAUGUGUCGUCCUUGGACAUGCUUCAGUUCCAUUGGUGGGAUUACUCCAAUUCAGGUUACCUUGACGCCCUUAAACACCUAACAGACCUGAAAGAGGAAGGUAAAAUCAAGACUGUGGCAUUGACAAAUUUCGAUACAGAGCGGCUGCAAAUCAUUUUGGAGAACGGAAUCCCAAUAGUCAGCAACCAGGUGCAACAUUCGAUUGUUGACAUGCGACCUCAGCAGAAAAUGGCAGAGCUAUGUGAAGCCACUGGAGUUAAACUUAUAACGUAUGGAACUGUAAUGGGAGGGCUGUUAUCUGAGAAGUUCUUAGAUACCAACUUAUCCAUCCCUUUUGCCGGUCCUCCUCUGAACACUCCUUCGCUUCAGAAGUACAAAAGGAUGGUAGAUGCAUGGGGAGGAUGGGGUCAAUUCCAAGUUCUGUUGAAGACCCUUAAGAAAGUAGCCUCCAAACAUGGCGUCUCCAUUCCCACCGUUGCCGUGAAGUACAUACUAGAUCAGCCAGCAGUGGCAGGGUCGAUGGUAGGCGUUCGGCUUGGUUUAUCAGAACAUGUCAAAGACUCGAAUGCCGUGUUUGCUUUAGAACUGGAUGAAGAAGACGUGAACAGCAUACUGGAAGUGAGCAAGAAAGGGAGGGAUCUGAUGGAAGUGAUCGGUGAUUGUGGCGAUGAAUACAGGCGUUAAAUGAGAAAUUGGAUACUUUGGAGCUGUUUGUGUGCAUUUAUUUGUAAUCGAACUUUUACGAAAUUACGUGAGGUGCAUUUGUAAAACGUAUGUGUAUAUGUAAAACAAUGCUGCUAUAGGUAGAAAUACUUGAAACUUGAGAUAAGGGAAAUUGCUAUAGUUCACUGUUUCUGGGGUUUACACUGAUUCGCGCCUGCCUUAGCAAAUUGCAAGUUUCCUUUUUAGCUUUUAUUUUUCAGUCCGCCAACUGGCUUGAACAGGUCAAAAUAUAAGGGCACAAAGAGCUAUUAAUCCUUUCUUCUUUGAUAAACAAACAUGUAUUAGAUUGCCCAAAGAGGACCAUGAA